ACUACAUGAAAGUCAUCCUGUGUAAUAACCCUCCUCGCUCAUCUCCCUCACACCAGCCACAAAGGUUUGCAAAACUGCUCCACUGUGUGAUCGACAGGUGACUUCACCUAUCUGAGCCCCAGCUUCCGCUCUGUGAGCAAGAGGACAACUGUAACCACCUUGCUGGGGCUGUCUCUCCUCUUGGGGAGACUGUUGAUUCCCACUCAGAACUCAAGCUUGGCUGGUCUGCUGCCAUCCCAGGAAGGCUGAAUCAAAAGCUGCUGCUCUGGGAGGGAGGAGAGCAUUCCCAUAAAAACCUCAAGGUUUUCUGGAUGCCUUCUUGAGCCUGCGGGUGGCCACCCACAGAGACUUGUAAGGAGGAGAGGAAUCAGCCUGGCAGACACUCUGAAAUGAGGGAUUAGAGACCAGGAUCCAAGGAGCAAGAGCCACAGCCAGAAGAGGAAACAGGCCCUGAAGACACAUCUGCUGAGGGGUCUGCCAUGGUCUCUCUUGGCAUUCAACUUGUGGGCUACAUCCUCGGCCUUCUGGGACUGUUGGGCACAGUGAUUGCCAUGCUGCUUCCCAGCUGGCGAACAAGCUCUUACGUUGGUGCCAGCAUUGUGACAGCGGUCGGCUUCUCCAAGGGCCUCUGGAUGGAAUGUGCUGUACACAGCACAGGCAUCACCCAGUGUGACAUCUACAGCACCCUCCUAGGCCUGCCUGCUGACAUCCAGGCCGCCCAGGCCCUAAUGGUGACCUCCAGUGCGAUCUCCUCACUGGCCUGCAUUGUUUCUGUGGUGGGCAUGCGAUGCACAGUCUUCUGCCAGGAUUCCCGAGCCAAAGAUAGAGUGGCAGUAGUGGGUGGAGUCUUCUUCAUUCUUGGAGGCCUCCUGGGUUUCAUCCCUGUUGCCUGGAAUCUUCAUGGGAUCUUGCGAGACUUUUACUCACCACUGGUGCCUGACAGCAUGAAAUACGAGAUUGGAGAAGCUAUUUACUUGGGCAUUAUUUCUUCUCUGUUCUCCCUGAUAGCUGGAAUUAUCCUCUGCUUUUCCUGCUCAUUCCAAGGAAAUCGUGCCAACUACUAUGAUGGCUACCAGGCCCAGCCUCUUGCCACCAGGAGCUCUCCAAGGCCUGGUCAACCAUCCAAAGCCAAAAGUGAGUUCAACUCCUACAGCCUGACAGGGUAUGUGUGAAGAACCAGGGCCCAGAGCUGGGGGUGGGAAUGGCUGGGUCUAUGAGAACGAGUGGACAGCACCCCCAGGGCCACGGGGUGAGGGACAUUGCCACUGGAUUAUGUCAGAAUGUCCUGACAAGGAUAGACUGGCUUUGGCCAUUGGAUCAAGUGAAGACAGAAGCAGGAGCUGGUAUGACAGCAUGCGAGUUGAAUUGUCAAGGACACUUGCCAAACCAGCUUUUCUAUUUCUCUCACCUUGCCUCCAUACCUCCAAGCCCUGAGUUCUCAACCUUAAAUUCCAACCCACCCCUGCUACCUUAGGCCAAGCCCCAGAGGCUCCCUCUGUCCUUUGGUUUGCCUGGGAACCCAUUCCAAAACCCACUAAUCACACCCUCCUGACCGACUCUGAGACUAAGCUGUCCCUCUGGCUGAGAUUGGCCCAUAGCUCAUUGCUGGGGGAUAGGGAGAAGGAGUCGUGGUUUAUAUGGGCAUGUUUCUACCCUCCUUCUCAAACCUCCCUCCAAAAGGACUGAUUGUUCAGUAACAGGCCCCAGAGCCUCUAUCCCAUGCUUGCUUUGACUCCACAUUUUCUAGGCUGGUUGGUGCAUGAGCUGACAGAAAGCUAUUUCACAGUACCCGGGGAACAGAACCUGGGUGCAGCAUGGGAAGAAAGGAAGGCAGCCUGGGACCACAAAAGCCCAAAACCAUUUCCCGAGGCACUUCCCGGGAUUUCCUCACACUUGUGGGUCAGGAAUCAAACCCAUGGCUACAGGAAAGCACAAAGACAGAAGAUGUGGAAAGUUCAAGGCAGCAGCGGACUCUGACUUCACUGAGAAACUGCCUCAGAAGCUGCAGUUUCAACUCUCACUGAAGCCUCUGCCUCCCUCCAGGUGCCUGACCUGGCCUCCUGUCGAAAGCAGAGGUUAAAGGCCCUAGACAAUGGUUUCCUUAGGAACAAUAAACCAGUGUUUCUAGAACCAGUCCUUGGCUUGGUAUGACAACACAGGCGCUGUAGGGGGCUGAGGAAGACAUUACCGCUUGACUUGGGCCAUGAAAGAGUAAGAACUUUGUAUCUAAGAAGCCGGGAGAUAGUGUGAUGGCUUUGGGGUCGGGGGGUGGGGAGGGUGCUCUACUGUGCCAACGAGAGGCAGCCCACCAGAGAAUUCCCAGGCUGCAUGGAAAAUCAGCUUAAAAAGCAACACCUUGUGGGUCCCUUGACACCUUUCAUAUUUCCCUUGCCAUCCAUUAGCAGACACUCCACAGGUUACCCAAGAGCUGCUGCGUGGAACAUCCGUGCCCACGGCGCUGUGUCCGUGGUCUGCGCCAUGGUAACUGAGCUGCUGCCUGGGAUCGCAGCUGAGGAAAGAAAAUGGUUCCCAGGCAGAGUCUCAUCUCCAAGAUCUGAAAAUGCUCCAUUCUCCUGGAGUAGGAGUUCAGGUCAGAAACAUUUGUCCUCAUCAGACUAAUAGGGCUGGCUUCUGAAGAACUCCAGUACAUCUCCCCAAACCUCCAUGCCAGCAGCAGGGGGGCCGUCAUGGUCCCUAACAUGCCUUCCAUGUCUCCACCAUCACCCCUGCGUGCGAGCUAUUCUCCCAGCUAGAAACCCUCUCCCCUUAGCCACGUCCUCCCCGUGCUUGGAGAACUUGCUCCGCGCCACCCCUUCAUUGAGCCUUCUCCGACCACUCUGUCCCUCUCUUACCCCUUUUCCCUUUGAGCAUCAAUGUAAAAAUUGCUUCUUUGUGCUUAUAGUUCACAAUUUUUGUUGAUAAUUCUAUGUGUGUGUGCAUGUGUCUGGCCUCAAAAGCACACUGUAAACACUGGAGGGCAGGGGCCAUGUUACACCUCUCUGUAUACCCCAGACUAUCUGUAACAGUGCUGAGCACACAAUAGGUGAUCAAUAAACACUUGUUGAUUGAG